AGAGGAUGGAAAAGGGAAAGGAGUGACAGUACAAGACUUUGGCUCUGAAGUCUCUCUGCCAAUCUCCUUGGCUUGCUCUGGCCUGCCCACAUUAUUCCUGUAGCUUUGGUGGCUCUGGAUGGCUGGUGAAGAGAGAUGUUCAAUCUAAUGGCCAAUUGUUGCAACUGGUUAAAAAGGUGGAGGGAACCUGUCAGGAAGGUGACACUAAUAAUGGUGGGUCUUGAUAAUGCUGGGAAAACUGCUACAGUCCGAGGCAUUCAAGGAGAGUCUCCUGAAGAUGUGGCUCCAACAGUUGGGUUUUCCAAAAUUGAUCUUAAACAGGGUCGCUUUGAAGUGACCAUCUUUGAUUUAGGAGGUGGAAAACGAAUUCGGAAUAUCUGGAGGAAUUAUUAUGCUGAGUCCUACGGUGUCAUAUUUGUGGUGGAUUCCAGUGACAUUGAAAGAAUGGAAGAAACAAAACAAGCCAUGAUAGAAGUUUUAAAAAACCCUAAGAUAUCAGGAAAACCUGUGCUAGUGCUGGCAAAUAAGCAGGACAGAGAAGGAGCUCUGUCAGAAGCAGAUGUAAUAGAGUCCUUAUCUCUGGAAAGGCUGGUUAAUGAACACAAGUGUCUCUGUCAAAUUGAACCUUGCUCAGCAAUCAUGGGCCGUGGGAAAAAAAUUGAUAAAUCAAUCAAAAAGGGAUUAUUUUGGCUUCUCCAAAUCAUAGCAAAAGAUUUUGAUGCCUUAAAUGAGCGCAUCCAGAGAGACACCAUGGAGCAGAAAGCACUUGAGGAGCAGAAGAAGCUGGAACGAGCUGAGCGAGUCAGGAGGAUACGGGAAGAGAGGGAAAAAGAAGAAGGAAAUGCACCUGAGGAGGAAGAUCCUGAGCCUGGCAAACGUGGAAACCCCUUCCAGCCUAUAUCUGCUGUAAUCUCUGAGAAUGAAAAACAGCUGGAAAAGGAAAAGAAGAGGCAAAAGUUGGAGACUGAAAAGUCUGCAGUUGUCUUAAAAUCCAAAGCAGAGAGGGACCACUUAUCAAGUAAAAGUAGCCAAAAUGACACAAAUGACAGCAGGCUGGAAAGGUGCAACACUACAACUGCCCAGCUUUUGCAGCAUGCAGAAGAGAGUGACCAACAAGCCUCAGAAUGCCUUGACUCAGAUAACAGUAAGAAAAAAAGUAAAAAACCAAAAUUAAAAAGGGGCCACAGAGUAGAACCUGUUAAUGCAGAGGACUCUCUUCCAAAGAAUCCUACACCACCAGCAGCUCUUCCCCCAGUUGGAUGGGGAACUCCCAAACUAAAUAGACUUGGAAAACUUGAGCCUCUUGGUGAAACACAUCAUCCUGAUUUCCAUGGAAAGCCUCUGCCCCCGCUGACUCUACGCCAAAGACCCAACAGUGAUACCCAUGAUGUCAUUGCUUAACUGAACAAUGAGAAUUUUAGAAAACAUAAUUUAAAAGUACUAUUUUAUUUUUUUUUUACCCUUGAAGGAAAUUUUUUUAAAUGACAUCAGCAGAUGGCAACUAACCAUGGAGUUCAUCCUGUUGUACUUAGAUGGUCAGACUUUAUCAUUUACUUUUCACAUCACCAGCUCUUCUUCAGGAUUUUUUUGGUUUCCUUGUGAAAAGACAUGGCUGUAAACCUGAAGAAAAACACCUUCAAGAUCCUAUAAUACUGGAUUGUACAUUCCCACCGAGACCUUUCUCCAGGUGCUGUGCAGGUGUUGGUAUUUUUUCAGGGAAUAAAUGAUUCUAAAGCAUUUUGUAAGAUUCCUGUAUGAUAUGGUGAAUAUAGAAAGGUUAAACAAAUAUUGAAUAUAUUUUUCUACCUUUUUAUAAAGUCAGUUGAAAGUUUGAGUGGAGCUGUGUACCUACUACCAAUAAAAUGAUACCUAGGGAGCAUUAGAAAGCUGAUAGUCAAGUGCAUAAAAAUAAAGUAUGUUUGAAUCUUACAUUUCUCUUACAGUACUAAUACCUUUUCAUAGGUAUUACAUUACAUAUUUCACAUUUCUGGCAAUCUGAAGCAGAGGGUAAGAUAAAAAAAUUUAAAUAUAUACAUUUUAUACAAAAUAAUGCUAUUUGAACUGUGUGGAAGUUUUCUUAUCCAUUGUUUUCUUUGUUUUGUUAACUGAGUUUGACAUAGAUAAUAAAUUAUGUGGAAAAAAUAGAGUUGAAUACUGUAUUGUCUACUACAACAAAUGAGAAAAUUGCACAUAGUGGGAAAUUUGCACUAAUUAA